AUGCCAGACAGAGACGACGACAAUCGCUCCCGCUCCCGAUGCACCGAUCCGGACCGGGAGCCCAACCCAUUCAUCUCCUUCCGCCGCUUCGCCGACGCCCAGCUCUCGUCGCUCUUCAAACACGUCUUCCCCCUUUCCGAAGACCUUGAUGACCAUUCCUCAUCAUCAGUAUCGAUGCGGGCGCAGCUCCUGUGUCUCUUUGGUAGAGCCGAUGAGCGGAAGUGUGAGAGGCGGGAGGAGCUGCAGUGGGAAGAGCUCGGUUUGCAAUUUGAGAGGGAGUCGCGGUAUUUGCUGGGGCAUGCGAGAGGGGUGAAGGAAGUGGAGGAGCAGAUGGACGAGAUAAGACGGAAGAGGGAGGAGUUAGACAGGCGGAUUUGUGAUGAGGAGGAGGAGGGGAGCACGAGGGGUUGGAAUGAAUUGGGAGUGCAGAGGCAGAGGGAGAAGGAGAUGGUGGAGAGGGUGGCGAAUAGGAAGGCGCAGGAGUGGGCGUGGGAUUGGGAUUGGGGGUUUCCGAGACCGUUUGAUGCGCGCGAGAAUCGUGAUGGUCAGAGACGAGGAGACAGGGCUCAGAGUGAGGAGCAAGUCGGGAAUGGGGCUCGAGGGUUCUGGGGGAGACGGCGGUGUGCUCGCGAUGAGCACCUUGGCACUGAUUGGGAAGAGGUGAAGAAGUGGGCUCACGAAGAGGAGGAUGCUGAGAACAGGCCAAAGGUGUGGCAUUCGUGUUCUCGGUGGCUUCGUCCUUCUGAGUCCUCGCGACACGGAAACCCAUAUAGCUACAGGGCCUGGGGUGAGAUGUAUUCACCCUACUCCCUGGAGAAUGACGAAAGAUGGAAGCAGACCAAUGUCCCUUGGAGGGAUGCAUACGAAGAUCUGCUGCGCACACAGCGAGGGUUGGAUAUCAUGCCUGAGGAAGACCUAGGAAAGAGCAAGGACAUGUCAUACUGGGAUUGGGUCCGCCAACUCGCAAGACCUGCACCUGCACAACGCUGGCCAAAGGAAGGACAGUAUCCUAAGCGCGUACCCUGGACGAAUGAAGACGAUGCGAGCGAGCAGCCAAACUACGAGUAUGGCCACGAUCAUGAGGAUCAGCAUGACGAGCCUCCUUCACCGACAUCAGCAAGGCCACAUCAGGCGUCGGAAUCGGAAGCCCCAGCGACAGAGUUGGAUGCGUACGAGAGGCUGCUCAGCUCCGGCGACUCGGCGCCGCAGUCCGAUACCGCACGGCCAUCUCUCAUGUCUACUUUGACGACCACAGAACGAACAAUUGCACCAGACGGCACAGUGAUAACCAAAGUUGUAUUGAAGAAGCGGUUCGCCGACGGGCGAGAAGAGAACUCGGAAACGGUGCACACGCAGCGUCCACAAGAUGCCGAGGCUCACGGUCCGGAUGGAGAGCCGCAAUCGCAGACUGCCGGUGCCAACCGAAGCACCGAAAAGCCUAAUAAUAGGUCAGGUUGGUUCUGGUCGAAAUGA